UCCAACACUUUCUGCGAUUUCGCGGGAAUAAAAAGCGCCCGUUUAACUUCAUCACCAAGCCACUCAAUCGUAAUCAGAACGCUUUCGUUUUUGUUUUCGUUUUUUGGUGGAAGGGGAGGUGCAGACAACAAGUAGGCAAAAAUAUUUUGUUUGUCAUGAGUUCCACAUCCUCUAGCGAUACUGAAGAUGAAGAAGAACGAAAGAGGCUUGAAGAUAUUGUAGGCAGCUAUAAAUUUGAAUCUUGCAUUCAAGCAAAAACUAAGAAGGAUACAGCAUCUUCCUCACAACAACAGAAAAAGACAAGCUUAAGAUAUAUACAGAGUGAUGAACAAAAUAACGUCCUCCAAACAACUCCAGAAUGUAGAAAUUUCAUUAGUCGCAAACUAGAUGAGUACUUAGAAAGUGUAUUGUGUGAUACUGUUGAUACUCGUCAGGAUCAAACUGCCAAACAAAAUUGUACAGAUGUUGAAGCGUCAGGAGUAAAAUUGUUAAACCAAUCCACUUGUGUUUUAAAUGAUAAUCUCCAUCAAAAGAAAAAAAAGAAGAGAAAAUACUCCACAUCUAGCAGUGAAAACGACUCUGAUAGUAUGGAGCGUUUCCGAUCGGCUGCCGUAACCAUGGAACAUAUUGCCAAAGAAGCGGGGAAUAAUUUCAUUGUUGAAGCAUGCGAUCACGAAGAAAAAGCCACAGCAAAGUUACUAGAUGAUGCAACCACCGAUUUUACUACAAUCAAGGAAAAAAAGAAGAAGAAGAAAAAGAAGAAGAAGAAAAUCAAAGACAAUGGGUGAAUUGCUUCCUGGUAAUGUGGCGAUAAUCAUGGCGGAUAAUCAUAAUCAUUGUAAAACUACUGACAAGAACGAAAAGCAUGCGUACAAAAGAGGGAAUUUGGUAGACUAGGAAAAAAGUAGUGGAUGACGCAACACCAAUGUGAUUUCAACAUUUCGGUCACGGUUUCUCGUACGUUGACUAAUUAUAACGGUAAGGAUGACAAAAUGUCUUAAAAGGAUUUCACUGAUGUUCCAUAAAAUGUUAGCGAGAUGGUUAAACUAAACAGCAAAAAUAUUAACUACAAUAUUUGAAAUUUUGUUUUUUAUUAUUGGAGAUUUUCUAUCUGCUUUACCGCAAGACAUUUCUGUUUUGCAAUGGCCUCAUUUAAUAAAGUCUUCUUUGUUUUUAUCACUGAAGAACCACUAUAAAUUUCUACUAAAAUCUAGCCAAAAACGUAACAGAAUUACUAAAAUGCUAUGAUAUUUAACAUACCUUAUUUGUAAUAUGCUUUUCGCAAAUGAUAUUCAAGAAAUACUAUAAAUGCUUGUGUCUGUUGUCUACUAUUGUUUAUUUUCUUCGCGCUCUGUCAGAGAAUAAAGUUAGCUUAUGUUUUGUUUUAUCUUACACAUUAUAUAUUAUAUAAUAUAUCGUAGUGGGUUUGUCUCCAUUAGUACAUAAAAAUUUACCCAGUGGUAUAUAUAUAUUUUUGGCAUAAGAACUAGUGAAUUUGACUUCAGGUGAAGUGUUUUUACAAGCUCGUGAGCUUGUAUUAAAACGCAAAUGUGUCCUACAAGAAUGGAAAUUUUUGCCUCUCUGAGCACCGACACAGGAGUCGUCGUGUGUUCGAAUCUCAUCUUGGUAACUAUUUUUACUUUUUUUUUCUUUUUUCUUUUUUAAAAAGAUAAGAAAAGUGUUCAAAACACUUGUUUAACUAACUAGUAAAUAAAGGUGUUUCCACCAAACUUUUUAAAAGUGAAUGUAGGCAGAAUUAACUGAAUUAAUGAAUUUCGCAAAUUUUGGGGUUUGUGGGUUUGUGGUCUUUCUUCUUCCUGUCAGUCGGUUCACCCAAGACGGACCCAUCGAAAAUUAAAAGUUCGAGGAAUUUUCCGUUCAGGAAGGUCUCACAAAUCAAUUUUGAAAAAUAAGUGUGUAACAAAUAUUAUUGCGUAUCUGAAUAGUAAAAUAUGUCGUGUCUAACUUCGUAACAAAAAUCCCAAUUUGAUAGACAGCUUUUUGUAAACUUUAUUCGCGAGGUUGUUUGCGUAUAUCAUACGUCUUGUUUUAUUUUGUUCUUAUAUUUUGGGCAUUAAUUUUACAUUACAAAUUUUAACGGCAUAAUAAAAUGAGUUCCAUGUUUUUGUUGUUGUAUUUUUCUAAUCCAUUAAAUUCCCAGCUUCGCAA